AUGUCUAUAUCUUUCGAAAGCAUUUGCAGCCUUCUAUUACCGGAGAAGAAAGAGAAAGAGAACAUCCGCGUAAUCAUCUCGAACUGGUUCCGUAACCAAAGAGGAGCUCUGGAUGACCCAGAGACGAACGGUGGGGCAGUACUAUCUGCCCUAUUUCCCCAUCUACGGAAAGAUCGAGUUUACGGCCUACAAACACCCAGCCUUGCCAAAAAGCUCGAGAAGCUCCUCGCUUUCAACCACGGUCAGAGCACACUAUUCAACGGAUGGAAGACGGGGACUUAUGGCGACCUGGGCGUUUACGUAGAACGCGCCAUGAAGAAAUGGGACGGCACUUGGGACAACCGAAAGACUGGGUUUUCCCUUGAACGCAUCGAUCGAUUGCUCGUACAGCUAGCGAGCAGGAAUAGGUUUUCCAAUGAAAAUAUCCGGAGAAAACGCAAUUACGAGUUUGAGACUGAUACAGAACUGUGGUUCAUCUUUAGAAGACUCAAGUCCUGGGAAGCAAAGUGGUUGGUCCGCAUGCUUCUACGAAAUCACUGCACCAUCGAACUUGACGAAAAGUACGUUUUUGGAUGCUAUCACUUCCUUCUACCGGAAUUGUUGAUGUUCCAAAACGACUUCGACACUGUCUUUGGUAUGCUGAAAGGGGAACUGAGUUGUUACCCGCCAGCACCAGAGCCUUCCGAGCAAAUGGCCAUGCGCAUCGAGGCAGCACAGAAGCUGAAGCCUGUCGUUGGUCUCGUCGGCAACGGCGCUUGGGCUGCCGAAGUAAAGUACGAUGGCGAGUACUGCGAGAUUCACGUGGAUCUGGACAAUGCAGAACAUCCGAUUCGCAUCUUCUCCAAAAACGGCAAAGACGCAACGGCGGAUCGUCGACCUCUGCAUGACAUCAUCCGAAAAGCUCUGCGAAUCGGUCGCCCUGAUUGCCUGUUCAAGAAGAAGUGCAUCGUUCUUGGCGAGAUGGUAGUGUAUAGCGAUCGAGAAAAGAAGAUCAUGCCCUUCUCCAAAAUUCGCAAGCACGUCUCACGAUCGGGGUCCUUCCUCGGUACACUCCAAGACGACGUGCCGCAUGAAUGGGAACAUCUCAUGAUCGUAUUCUUCGAUAUCCUCGUCCUAGACGAUCAGCCCAUUCUACGUCACUGCCUCCAAGAGCGUCGAGACGUCCUCCGCAACCUUGUUCACUCCGUCCCCGGUCGGUCAAUGCGAUCAAACUGGAGCUUACUGUCGUCUAAGACAGGGGAGGGUAUAACAGACCUUAAACAGGCAUUCGUCCGGACACUUGCCGAACGCCAAGAAGGCCUUGUCUUGAAACCGCUCCACGAACCCUACUUUCCUCUAUUGUUAGAGCAGGGAUCUCGUCAAGCAGGUUUCUUCAUCAAGAUGAAAAAGGACUCCUUGGGAGACAUGGGCGGCGAGCGUGACUUGGGGGAUUUUGCCGUCGUUGGGGCUAGCUUCGAUGCGCAAGUUGCCGCAAAGACUGAUGUCAAGCCGUUACAUUGGACCCAUUUUCACCUCGGUUGCUGUAUCAACACAGAUGCAGUGGAACGUACCGGCGCCAAGCCGAGGUUCAAGGUCGUUGCGACUCUGAGUCUUGAAAAGUGUAUUCCAAAGGCCGAUGUCAAGUGGUUGAAUACACAAGGAUAUGUCCGCCAGGGUACCUUGCAGGAAGAUGGAUCAACACGCGAGUUCGAUAUUGUUCACUCCAAAAGUUUCGAUCGACGUAUGGCAGCCGUGUUCAAGAAACCGUUCGUAGCAGAGAUACUUGGUGGCGGCUCCGAACAGGUUCAAAAUGAGUCAUUUGAGAUGCUGCGCCAUCCUCGUAUACGAAAGAUACACAGCGACCGAACCUGGGAAGACUGCGUAACCAUGGCCGACCUAGAGCGUCUCGCCGAAGAGAAAUGGACGGUUCCCGAUGCGGACAAACUAGACGGCCACGCAAGAGACAUUGCCUUGUACGCUAAGAAGUACAUCCGGGAGAUGGGUGGUUCACAACUCGCGACAACCGACUCCACCACUGAAGAAACAACCCAGUGUACCACCCCCCGCUACUCCAAAGAUUCACCACGCCUUCCAUUACCAAGCAACUCAGUAGUCCAAGAGACACCACCACAAUACACAUCCAGCCCUGUGUUCACAACCCAUGUAUCCGCAGCGGGUAGCACACAAGCCCAGGGUAUCCGGGCAUCGCGACUCCCCAGUUCUUUCGACCAGGGCCAGGAACAAAAAGAAAAUGUUAUCUACAAUCUUCUACCCGCGCCCUUUUUACCAACGCCGGGUUCUACUGGGGAAGAAAGCGGUGAUGCCGUAGCACAAGGUCAGAAAAGAAGUGCUGACCAAUUUGUCAGUCCGCCGAAGACAAAGCGGAUAAAGGUCCAGCGCCCGCUGCAGCCAGUGAGUGGGAAUACGGAUGUGAGAAGCUUCCAGGUUGGGUAUAAUGAGGAGGAGAGGGUCUUGCAUGUUUGGACGGGGGGAGGGGUGAAGGUUGAGGUCCAGGAAAGGGCUUUUGGGAAGAGGAAGGAGUAG